AUGGCGGAGAGGAGCUACCCCACGUACAAGUGCUGGGACAUCCAGGGAAAGGGGUGGACGUCCUCCUCGGGGGCCGUUGAGCUCCGCUUUGAGCAGAAGCGCCAGUACUGGGAGGAAGCGCUGGGGCAGGAGGGCGCCAGGGAGGCCCAGGGGCAGCCGACGCUGCCCCCCGACUUGGCGCGGCUCCUGGCCGAGCUCGGCGCUUUGGUUCGCCGCGACCUGCAGAAGGUGCAGCGGGAGGUGCACCCCGCUUACGCGGCCGCCGGCUUCCCGGCGUGGGAGGCCUACCUGCGUGCCUUCCACGGCGCGGUGGCCGGGCGCCUCCAGGAGCUCGCGCACGACGCCCGCGGCUGCGAGCAGCUCUACGUGCUGCUGGACUGGGCCGCCAACGUCUACAGCAGUCCUGAUUUCCUGGGCUCCCAGGACCAGGCUCUGCCCUCGGAGCCGCUGCCCCCGCUCCUGGCACCGGACGUCUGGGCCCGACUGGAAGACGACUACACCAGCUUCCUGGAGACCAAGAUCGAGAGCUGCUUCGAUGGCAUCCUGCAGCUGGAGCAGAGUCGCUGGGCGGCUGCGGAGGCCCCCGAAGAGCUGCGGGGCCUCUACCACACGCCGCUGUCCUUCGACGUCUGCAUGCUCGUGGCGGAGCACGUGAAGGCGGCCGGCGCCAUCUCCGCAAAACUGGAGGCCACCACGUUGGGGAUCUGCGCGCGGGCGCUGGGGCUCUUCCUGCACAGGUUCGAAAAGGCUUUUCUGGAGUCCAGGGCGGUGACCGAGCCUAACCUGUGCGCCAGCAUCAAUGCCUGCGAGGAGCUCAGGACUCACCUUCUGGCCAAGUUCCCAGAAAGCUUUGGAGAGCUGGAGAAAGCCCUGGGGGCUGCCACCCGUGCCUUUCAGAAGCAGCUGCUCCAGGGCUUGCAGGGCGCUGUGCAGCUGCUGUUCAGGGCCCUGUGCACCAAGGCCUGGCUGACCCAGGACCUGCUGCAGCCCCUCAUGGACAAGGUGGUGGCGUUCUCGGGCCUCCUUGAGCACAUGGCCCCACCCCUGGCCCAGGAGACUCUGCAGCAGGUGCACCGCUACGUUGUCCGCGAGUACCUGGCGCAGGCGCUGCGACCCCGUGAGCGGCUCCGGGGUGUGGACCGCUGGAGCGGCUCCCAGAAGAUGGGCCUCGAGGUGCAGGCCAUCAGCAGCACCUUCCAGGGCUUGGGCUCCCAGGCCACGUGGCUGGGCCAAGCUAUCCCAUGCGUGGCUGACAUACUGGGCGAGACUCACAAAGACGACAUCAGGCGGCACCUGGAGACGCUCAUCAGAAGCUACCCCGACAUCAGGCGGGACCACGUGCUGGCCAUCCUGGCACUGCACCGAAUGGGCUGCCGUCGGAACCAGCACUUCCUGCUCCACGCCCAGGCCGUGCUGAGGGCUGCGGCCAAGGCUGGCAGAUCCGGGGCCGCUGGGGGCCGCGUGCUCCUCGAGGAGAUCAAGUUGGGCACCUGCGUGGACGUGCUGGUCACCUGCAUCUAG